GCUCCUCCGUGUCAAAGGAGGGUUUUUCUAAUUUCUAGGGUUUUGCCUUUUUUUUUUUUUUAAACUUACUUUUGGUGUUUCUAAACUCAGUUUGUUCUCUUCCAUCAAAAAAGAAUAACUCAGUUUGUACUCGAAGCUGCAGAAAUCUUCACUCAAAAAGUAUUUUCAGCAACAAUCACAAAAUAGAGUGCGAGCGGAGAGACAAAAAUGGCGACAAGAGCAGCUACGACUUCACUGUUGAGUAAUCCUUCAUUCGGCUCAUCGUCUCGAAGAACAUCUCAACAUAAAACUGGAAAUGCUGUUAGGGUUUUCACUGUCAUUCAAUGUUCUGCUUCUCUGUCUACCUCAAAUAGCUUUACUGAUGCAACUCUAGGUCUUAAGGGAAAACCAUGGAAGAUAGCAGAUACAAGACUUGUACUUGAAGAUGGUUCUGUAUGGAAUGCUAAAUCUUUUGGUGCUUCAGGAACCCAAGUUGGCGAAGUUGUCUUCAAUACAUCCUUGACAGGGUACCAAGAGAUCUUGACUGAUGCUGGCCAGAUUGUUUUAAUGACAAAUCCUCAUAUUGGCAAUACGGGAAUUAAUGUUGAUGAUGAAGAAUCACAACAAUGCUUCCUUGCCGGCCUAGUGGUCCGUAGUUUAAGUAUGAGUACUUCAAAUUGGAGGUGCACAGAACAUCUAAGUGAUUACUUGGCUAAAAGGAAUAUCAUGGGAAUAUAUGACGUGGAUACACGUGCAAUCACUCGUAGAUUAAGACAAGAUGGAAGUCUCAGAGGUGUACUGAGCACAGAUGCUUCAAAAACUGACAAGGAUCUUCUUGAAAUGUCACAUAACUGGAGUAUCGUCGGUGUUGAUCUCAUAAGCGGCGUCUCCUGCUCUGCUCCAUAUGAGUGGGUAGAUAAGACAGGUUCUGAAUGGGAAUUCAACACCGCCAGUGGUGUUGGAAAGAGGUCUCAUGUUGUCGCAUAUGACUUUGGGAUCAAGCAUAACAUAUUGAGGCGCUUGGCAUCUGCUGGAUGUAAAAUCACUGUCGUCCCUUCAACAUGGCCAGCUUCAGAGGCUCUAAAGAUGAAGCCAGAUGGAGUUCUUUUUAGCAAUGGUCCAGGAGACCCUUCUGCAGUUCCUUAUGCUGUAGAGACAGUAAAACAAAUAAUUGGAGAAGUUCCUGUCUUUGGUAUUUGCAUGGGUCAUCAACUGCUUGGCCAAGCACUUGGAGGUAAAACCUCUAAAAUGAAGUUCGGACAUCAUGGAGGAAACCAUCCUGUCCGUGACAUCCGGAAAAACCGUGUUGAGAUCAGUGCUCAGAAUCACAACUAUGCAGUAGACCCUGACUCACUCCCUGAGGGUGCACAAAUGACACACAUCAACCUAAAUGAUAAAAGUUGUGCUGGCCUGGCGUUUCCUGCGUUAAACAUUAUGUCACUUCAAUACCAUCCUGAAGCAUCUCCUGGACCUCAUGAUUCCGAUUCUGUUUUUGGGGAGUUCAUCAGUAUGAUGGAGCAAGCGAAACAGAAAGCAGAAUAAGACACCAUAGCUACAUCAUAAAAGCUUGCAAUAUUGGUGGAAGUUGCUUGACCUUACAGGAUCGCAUAUACUUCUGAAGGCUCAAGCCCCCUUCUUUUCUUUUUUGUUUUUUCAAUGCUCCAUCUUCGUUGUAAUAUAUUUUUUUGUAGUGAUUUUUCCUCCUUGCUGACAUUUAUAUUGCAUUGUAUGGCCAAUUAUCAAACUACUUACUGUGAGAAAGGUGUAUGAUUUUCCGAAUGGGUGUUAAA